GAUGCGACGUGACAUCAGACAGGCGGGGCUACGCAGUGCGGCUCCGUCUCCCUGACAGACCGAAGCUUUCACCGUCAUGUCCGACAACAACAACGGGGAGGAGCCGGUGUUGCACGGUUCCUGGGUGGAGUUACAAAUGAACGGGAACAACAACGACAGCAACAGGAAUGGAGGCUUGGAACAUGUGCCGUCCUCCUCCUCCAUCCACAAUGGAGACAUGGAGAAGAUCCUACUGGACGCCCAGCACGAGUCUGGACAAACGAGUUCCAGGAGCAGCUCCCAGUGUGACAGCCCAUCGCCCGAAGAAGGACAGAUCACGUUUGACGUGGAGAUGCACACGAGUAGAGACAGCUUCCAGUCUGAAGAGGAAGCAGCCGAAGGAGACAAGGAAGUGGAUGUUUUAAAGAAAAGCACAGACUGGGUGUCUGAUUGGUCAAGUAGACCUGAAAAUAUCCCACCCAAGGAGUUCCAUUUCCGCCAUCCAAAACGAUCCGUAUCGUUGAGCAUGAGGAAGACCGGGGCCAUGAAGAAAGGUGGCGUUUUCUCAGCAGAGUUCCUGAAGGUUUUCAUUCCUUCUUUGUUCAUCUCCCAUGUGCUGGCUCUAGGGCUGGGUAUCUACAUCGGCAAACGUCUGACCCUUUCAUCCGCCAGUUCCUACUGAAGGAGCAUGAUCUGGAGUCUAAUCUGUGAUCCUGUGAAGGUUUGUUCCUGUCACGUUUUGUGCAUUGAAACUUUGCACCAUAUUAAGCAUGAUUCAAAUCAUCCAUUCCUGUUCACCCCUCCUCUCAACCCCGGGAUCCCUGUCUGGCCACCUUGUUGGUUCAGAGCGCCAAUCCCCGUCAUGACGAACCCGCGUCACAGAGGAUAACUCGUCUCUUACCAAUUCACUCGAGAGCCAGAAAGCACAGCUUGUCCUGGGGAUGGAGAGUCCGAACGGAGCAAUGCUGGAUGGGAAGCCUGUGGCUCUGUAAUUGAAUGCGCCAGGACAUGUUCGUGCCGUGAAGCUUUGCAACAACAAAACCUCUGACUUUUUAAAAACCCCUCUUAAAGUUUUUGCUUUUGCGAAGCCCGAAACUACCCCGAUCAGCAGAAGAUCUAAGCUUCAAAUCCAAGUUGCAUUAAGCAAGCCGCUUGUGGGGUUUAUAAAUUAUAGUACUGUAUAGGAAAGUGAAAAUUCAUAAAUACAGGGUUAUGCGACA